GAGGCAGGCCGUCGUAUAACCAUAAAGAAAUGCGAAGCGUCUGAACUGUCGAGUCGAAAUCCCGAAAACGCCGAGAGAGAAAGCCAGAUACAAAGCUACAUUUCCUUUAUUUAUACGAACCAAUCCAGGGGACAACCAUGGCCUCGGGGAGCGACUCCAAAAAUGAUGAUCUGUCCACUGCGAUCCUCAAACAGAAACACAGGCCUAACAGGCUUAUGGUCGAUGAGUCCAUUAAUGAGGACAACAGUGUGGUCUCCCUGUCUCAGACCAAGAUGGACGAACUGCAGCUGUUCCGUGGAGACACAGUGUUGAUGAAGGGAAAGAAGAGGAGGGAGACGGUGUGCAUCGUCCUGUCCGACGACACCUGCUCCGAUGAGAAGAUCCGCAUGAACAGGGUGGUCCGCAACAACCUGCGGGUCCGCCUGGGCGACGUCAUCGGCAUCCAGCCGUGUCCCGAUGUCAAGUACGGAAAGAGGAUCCAUGUUCUUCCCAUCGACGACACCGUAGAGGGGAUCACUGGGAACCUGUUUGAGGUCUACCUGAAGCCGUACUUCCUGGAGGCCUACAGGCCCAUCCGCAAGGGGGACAUCUUCCUGGUGAGAGGAGGCAUGCGUGCGGUCGAGUUCAAGGUGGUGGAGACGGACCCCUCUCCCUACUGCAUCGUUGCCCCGGAUACGGUCAUCCACUACGAGGGCGAGCCCAUCAGGAGAGAGGACGAGGAGGACUCCCUGAACGAGGUCGGCUACGAUGACAUCGGAGGAGUGAGGAAGCAGCUGGCUCAGAUCAAGGAGAUGGUGGAGCUUCCUCUGAGGCACCCUGCCCUGUUCAAGGCCAUAGGAGUCAAGCCCCCCCGUGGCAUCCUGCUGUACGGACCCCCAGGAACAGGAAAGACUCUGAUCGCCAGAGCCGUGGCCAAUGAGACGGGAGCCUUCUUCUUCCUCAUCAACGGCCCUGAGAUCAUGAGCAAGCUGGCGGGAGAGAGUGAGAGUAACCUGAGGAAGGCCUUCGAGGAGGCGGAGAAGAACGCUCCGGCCAUCAUCUUUAUUGAUGAGCUCGACGCCAUCGCCCCCAAGAGAGAGAAGACCCACGGCGAGGUGGAGCGGCGCAUCGUGUCCCAGCUGCUGACCCUCAUGGACGGCCUGAAGCAGAGGGCCCACGUCAUCGUCAUGGCAGCCACCAACAGACCCAACAGCAUUGACCCCGCCCUGAGGAGAUUCGGGCGAUUCGACAGGGAGGUGGACAUCGGCAUCCCUGACUCCACCGGCAGGCUGGAGAUCCUUCAGAUCCACACCAAGAACAUGAAGCUGGCCGACGACGUGGACCUGGAGCAGGUGGCCAACGAGACCCACGGGCACGUGGGCGCUGACCUCGCCGCGCUGUGCUCAGAGGCCGCCCUGCAGGCCAUCAGGAAGAAGAUGGACCUCAUCGACCUGGAGGACGAGACCAUCGACGCCGAGGUCAUGAACUCUCUGGCCGUCACCAUGGACGACUUCAAGUGGGCCCUCAGCCAGAGCAACCCCUCCGCACUCAGAGAGACGGUGGUGGAGGUCCCCAACAUCAGCUGGGAGGACAUUGGAGGACUGGACGACGUCAAGAGGGAGCUGCAGGAGCUGGUGCAGUACCCCGUGGAGCACCCAGACAAGUUCCUGAAGUUCGGCAUGACCCCGUCCAAGGGCGUGCUCUUCUACGGACCCCCGGGUUGCGGUAAGACCCUGCUGGCCAAGGCCAUCGCCAACGAGUGCCAGGCCAACUUCAUCUCCAUCAAGGGGCCCGAGCUGCUCACCAUGUGGUUCGGAGAGUCCGAGGCCAACGUCAGGGAGAUCUUCGACAAGGCUCGCCAGGCCGCCCCCUGCGUGCUGUUCUUCGACGAGCUGGACUCCAUAGCCAAGGCCCGCGGCGGCAACGCCGGGGACGGGGGCGGAGCCGCCGACCGCGUCAUCAACCAGAUCCUGACGGAGAUGGACGGCAUGUCCAGCAAGAAGAACGUCUUCAUCAUCGGCGCCACCAACAGACCGGACAUCAUCGACCCGGCCAUCCUGAGACCCGGUCGCCUGGACCAGCUGAUCUACAUCCCCCUGCCCGACGAGAAGAGCAGGAUCAACAUCCUGAAGGCCAACCUGCGCAAGAGCCCCAUCAGCAAGGACGUGGACCUGGACUUCCUGGCCAAGAUGACCAACGGCUUCUCCGGCGCCGACCUCACAGAGAUCUGCCAGCGGGCGUGCAAACUGGCCAUCAGGGAGAGCAUCGAGAACGAGAUCCGCAGGGAGCGCGAGAGGCAGACGAACCCCUCCGCCAUGGAGGUGGAGGAGGACGACCCGGUCCCUGAGAUCAGGAAGGACCACUUCGAGGAGGCCAUGCGCUUCGCCCGCCGCUCCGUCAGUGACAACGACAUCCGCAAAUAUGAGAUGUUCGCCCAGACGCUGCAGCAGAGCCGUGGCUUCGGCAGCUUCAGGUUUCCCACCGGCACCACAGGGGGCACGGGGCCCAGCCAGGGCUCCGGAGGCACCGGCACCGGCCCCGUCUUCAACGAGGACAAUGACGAUGACCUGUACGCAUAGGCGCCACACCGCCACCCGGUGGCCUGUACUGGAAUCACACCUGUACAAAUUCUCACCAGAUUCCACAUUUUUAGGACUUUGUGCUUUCAUGUGUUCUUUUUUGUAUGAUUUCCCUCGGGUGGAGAAAGCAUGUCGCCCCUUGGUUUGCUCUGGCUUAUAUAUGGGUGGGGGACAGGGCGGGUGAUACUGGAUGGUGAUUGGCUGUCGAACACGGGGAGGGGGGGGGGGGGGGGGGGGUUGCCUCAUUCUCAGUAUAUCACAAUCCUACAUGAUUGGCUUUAGCGACUGAAUUCUAUGCUAGACUAUAAGUACAAAAAAAAAAAGAUAAAUAAAA